AGAGAUUCUAGAUUUACUUUACGCGUACGACCAACCGAAUGAAGCCGCGUGUCCACCAGGACUGUUAAAUGACCAAAGUGCCACCCCUUCCCUAUCCCCCUUCCUUCCCUCAGCGUUCUCAUGUGAUCAGUUAUAUUCUCUCCUUCUCUCUAGAAAAUUAGGUUUUCUUCGGAUCCAAGCAAUAGAUAGCUAAACCCUAAUUUUCUUAUUACCUUUCUUUCUACUUUCCAAGGCCACUGAGAAAGUGUAAGACCAUUCUUCAUAUUUCCCCCCUCUGCCAUUUCAGUUUCAGUCAGUAGGGAGGGCCAUGUGAGCUGUUUGAACUGAACUGAAAGCUUGGCUGCAGCAAAUCAGCUUUUUGGUUUUACUGGUCUUCAUAAGAUGGGUAAAUGCAAGGGCUGUGGGAAAUUAGGAAGAAUGGUGUCAAAGGAUGGAUUUGUGAGUGCUUAUCAUUCUGCUCUUCUGCUAUGCCCUAUAGUUUCUGUUUGGGAUUGUGCCGUCCGUAAGAUGAGGUAUUCUUUCAGACCUGAGUGGGUGUAGGUGUCAGGAUUUUACUAUAUAUUACCAGUUCCUGAGUUGGAAAAAUUAAUUAGAGUUUAAGUUAGUGUGAAAAGAAAAAAGAGAAAAAAAACAGUUAUAGAGAAAAUGUACAUGUUUUAGAGUUCUCCCGAGUAAAAGAAAUUAAGCAAACAAGACUGGGUAGUUAGAGAAGUUGGUAGUGGUCAUGGAUAACACAGCAUGUACUAAAGUUCCUUCUGCUGUUAGAAAAGUGAAGAAGAAGCAAGUGAAAGAUGAGUUGGAUCGUCAAAAACAGGCUGAGAAAAAAAAGAGACGCUUGGAGAAAGCCCUAGCUACUUCUGCUGCAAUUAUAUCUGAACUGGAAAAGAAGAAACAGAAAAAGAAAGAGGAACAGCAGAGGCUUGAUGAAGAGGGAGCUGCAAUUGCUGAGGCAGUUGCUCUGCAUGUCCUACUUGGUGAAGACUCGGAUGAUUCGCGUAAGAUGGCGCUGAAGAAAGAUGAGGGGUUCAACCCAUGGGAUUGUGCUACCAGUAUUGACCUCUUGAUGGGUGGAAGAUCUGGCAUUCCUUGUCAGGGCCCAACAAAAUGCUCACUCAACGAAAUUGAGUGGGUCUCUAAUGUUUACGAAUCAGGGUGCGAAUGGAAUUAUUUGGGCAAUGGUGACUGGUCAGUCUCAUCUGGGCCUUUUAGAAGAGAUCUCCAUCCUCCAUAUUUUGAGGAGGGAAGUUGGGAGACAACAGAAAUCUCAGCCGGGCUUUUGGCAGCACAGGCUGUUUCAUCACUCCAAAUUGCAGAAGAUGCACCAGUGGACACCAUUGUUUUCAAUGGAAUGUUAAGAGGGUAAGAUGAUGAACAGGCGUCAGUUAAUAUAUAUAUAUAUAUAUAUGGUCCAGUAACUCUGAAUGAAUCAUCUUAGUUUCAUGGUCAUGUCAUAGUUUUGAAUAAUGGUUUGUAUAUAUUUCUGGAGAUUGUGACCUUCCUGCUCAUCAGAUACACGCAUCGCUCUAGUGCUUCCGUUCAGCAUUAAACAUUGUUGCAGUUUAAUGUUCUCACACUUUACUCUCUUCUCCUCUUCCUUGAAACUGCUUGAUUCCCCUGGUGGAGUGGUUUCCAUACCCUGAGACAUCUACAGAGUCAGUCUUUUUCCUUUUUCUUGUUUUUUUGUUUUUUGCCCUUUUUCUUUUGUUCCUUCCUUUUUGUGGGUUGUUUUUCGAACUCUCAAUAUAUUAAUAGAUCCAUUAAUGCUGUAUUAAGCUACCACAAGGGCAUCAUGAAUGGAAUGAAAGAGCCUUUUAGUGAUUUUGUAAA